UCUCAUUCAGUUCCUCUGAGAGCAAACCAAGAUGGAGAAGAAAAGAAGCAAGAAGACUUCUGUAAUCCUGUGGGCUACAGUUGCUGCAUUACUCUUGCAGAAUUUGGUCACUCCUGUCAUUUCUUGCAGAACUUCGCGAACACCUUCAACACGCGGCUCAAGAGGUGGUGGCUCUCAAAAAACACCUUCACAUGGAAGCAGUAGCCGUGGCAGAAAAUCACAUGCUAGCUGUGAUAAUCUGCCAAGUGGAGGGGGUGGCGGCUAUACUCCCACCCCAAUUCCUCCUUCAGGAGGAACUGGAGGUGGUUACUCUUCGCCAUCCGCUCCAACUUCUUCUGGAAGUCCGCCAAGUACACCGGAUGUUUCCGUACCAUCACCUCCUAUUGACCCCAAUUCACCACCUUCUGGAGGGAGUAGUUGCUAUCCCUCCCCUCCAAUUAAUGAUGGAACCCCACCAACUACUCCUAUCAUAAGCCCUGACACUCCGAGCAUUCCCGAUAUAUCCACUCCUUCAGCUCCGUUUGACCCCAAUUCACCACCUUCUGGAGGGGGCGGAUACUAUCCAUCCCCUCCAACUUAUGGUAACCCUACCACACCAACCAUUGAAACCCCACCAACUACUCCUAUAAUCGGCCCUGACACUCCGAGCAUUCCCGAUAUAUCCACUCCUUUAGUUCCAUUUGAUCCCAAUUCACCACCUUCUGGAGGGGGCGGAUACUAUCCAUCCCCUCCAACUUAUGGUGCCCCUACCACACCAAUCAUUGAAACCCCACCAACUACUCCUAUCAUCGGCCCUGACACUCCUAGCAUUCCCGAUAUAUUCACUCCUUCAGCUCCAUUUGAUCCCAAUUCACCACCUUCUGGAGGGGGCGGAUACUAUCCAUCCCCUCCAACUUUCCCUACACCUAGUACCCCCGGUAUACCCAUAAUUCUCCCUCCAAUUACUCCUAUCAUCAACCCGGGCAUCCAAGGCACCCCUAGUAUCUACAUGCCUCCACCUCUGUUUGAUCCCAACUCACCACCUUUCUCAAUCGAUUACUGGAGGACUAACCCGGCUUUAAUAUGGGGCUUGUUUGGCUGGUGGGCAACUGUUGGUAGUGCAUUUGGUGUAGCUGGUGCUCCGGGGCUCGGAUCAAACUUUAACUUGCUGCAAGCACUUUCAAACACUCAUUCCGAUGGUGUUGGGGAACUCUACAGGGAAGGAACAGCUUCUUUGCUGAACUCCAUGGUGAGCAAGAAGUUCCCUUACACUACCAAACAAGUCAGGGAUAGUUUUGUUGCAGCACUUAGUUCAAACAAGGCAGCUGCAACUCAGGCAGCGCGAUUUAAGAUAGCUAACGAGGGUUGCUUCAAGCCUAGAGCUUGAAAAAAAAGGCCCGUAUCAAUAAUUCUGUUUCUACGUAUGGACAUACAUUUCCUCAGGAUCUUGUUCAUUCGCAAUGUAUCCUGACAGACCGGUAGAACUUGAACCUUAUAUCAUGUUUCAAAAAUCACCUUGUAUCUUGCAAUUAUGUUCAGUUUUCAUUAUGAUUUCUUCUGAGUUUAGUUUAAAGGUUGAUUUUAAUACAUGUAGAAUAUUAAUUU